CAAAGACACAAUCAGGGAGAAGAGACCAACAAAGACUAACAGAAACAACGCAGAUUUGAUUUUGAAUAUGCUUUGCCCCAGCAUGAUGCAGUCUUCCCUCAACCCAAUGAGCCCAAUGGGCCCCUUCAUGGACUUCCACUGGCCCGUCCGCAGCCUCUGGCCAGAGACCCGGCCUCUCUUCUUCCAGAUGGAGCAGGAAAUGAUGCGAAACAUGCAGGAGAUGAGGCACAAUAUGGAAUAUAUGCAACGACUCCACCAAAAGAUUUUCGAAGACAUUGAUGGCCCGUUAUCUUUAACUGACUUCAAGCCCAUCGCUUUCCAGAUGGGUAAAGAAAACAACCGCUUUGCCCUGACACUGGACACUAAAGACUUUCCCCCAGCGGAUCUGUCUGUCAAGCAGGUGGGCAGGAAGCUGAGAGUCAGUGGGAAGACGGAGAAGAAGCAGGAUGACGGGAAAGGCUCCUUCUCUUACAGAUGCCAGGAGUUUAAACAGGAGUUUGAUUUGCCUGAAGGGGUGAAUCCUGAGACAGUCACCUGCUCUUUGAAUGAUGGACAGCUACAGAUCCAGGCUCCAAAAGUGGCUGCUGUGACGGAAAGCAAUGAGAGAGUGGUUCCUAUCACUUGUUCAUCAGCAGUAACAUCACCUGGGGCUGCCACUGAGAGCACUGCUGUCGAGGCAGAGCCCAAGAAGGACUGAUUACGAUGACUCUAUCAUGAUAUGGCUAUAACCAUUCAUUUUAUGUUUGGAAAAUUUAAAAAAAACUCCCAUGAAUACCAUCAUUUCUGUACUAUCUCAAUGAAAUAACUAUUUUGUCAAAUUUGAUGAAUUCAACAUCAAUAAUUAUCAAUGGCAUGGAAUGUAAGCCAAUAUUUUAGCAUGUUCAAUAAAGUUUUUUAUUUUUUA